CACCUUGUGUAUCCACGUCGUUACAUACUUGUCGUUAUCAGAGGUCUGCCUAAAUCUCUUUAUAUUGAGUAGAGUGGAGUUUCACAUGGAAGAUGACCUCGAACUAUUAGAAUAUCAACAAAAGAGCUCGGAAUAAAACGCGAGUAGAUAGAAAGUAAGCUCGCUAGACUUACCAACACUAUAGUUUUGUAUAAAUCACGUUGCUGACCGUAUUGGUAGUUACGUCGCCGUUCGAUUUAGUUUCGCAGUUCGAUUUCAUUCUCUCUCGUCGUUCGCAAUAAAGUAAAUAUAGAGAAUGACCUCCGCAACAUUUUCACGCUGAUCUUCAAAUUAAAAAAGUGUUUUGUAUAACGCGCUCUAUAUAUCGCAUAACCCAAUUAACAUUCUGUUGACCCAAGUAUUGUUAAAAUUAGUAGUAAGCGAGUGAGUGUCGCAAGGUGUUUGGUGAAAUAAAACAACGAUAUAUUUAGAUUUAGUGCGAGCAUUUUUAUAUUGUGUGAAUAUGAGUAAAAGUAAUUAUUCGAUGCCCCCUCCCUACGGGCCCCCGCAAGCCGCUCCGCCAAGUUAUGCACAAGCCGUUGGGGGCGUUCCACCCUCUAGUCCUUACGUACCUAACCAUUCCUUUGUAAAAGGUCCAGAAAUUGUAACGACUGUCGUGCCAGUAGGAAAACAUCCAACGCAUAUGAUAUGCCCAUAUUGUUAUGCUGAAAUUGACACGACAACCAAAUCUCAACCUGGUUGUAUCGCAUACGUUUCAGGGACAAUACUUUGUUUAAUAGGAUGCUUCUUCGGAUGUUGCCUGAUUCCGUGUUGUAUAGACAAAUGUUUGGACGUAUCCCACACAUGUCCGAAUUGCAACUCAUACCUUGGAACAUUUAAAAGAUAAAUGAACUAGUCAAGUUAUUUUUGAUAAUUAGAAUGUUGUAUCUUUAUGCCUCGAAUUAAAAAUAAUCUAGAAUAUUCGUUAUCAUGUAUAUCGACAAAAAUAGCUUUAAAUAUAGUGUUUAACUGAUUAAUUUAUAAAAAGGUCAUUUUUUAAAGCUACAUGAGUCGAUGUGUAAAAGUGUUAAAUUUACAUACUAUAAAGUUUUUUUUUUAAUUAACAUUUUUUCGCCCAAUAAAAGCACUUUUGAUAUAUACUAUUUGUAUAUACGUAAGAAUUAUCGUUUUACCACAAAUCCGUCAUGGCAUCUGAGUCAGCUGAUUGCGAAUCAUAACCUAGAACGACAAUUUGAUCGCUGUUUUCGUUCACGUUUCACGUUAAUUUUUUUUUUUUUUUUUUUCAUGAAAACCUCAGUAAUCUAGCAAUUACGCUGCUCAUGAGAAUGAUUAGACAACAAUUUAAGGUGAAUAAAUAAUUUUAACAUUUCAAAAAACCAUAGACAAAUGAAAAAACCCUCAGCUGAUCACGUUUACCCGCUGGUCCACCAGGGUAAGAAGAAUCAGAUGUGACUAACACCCUAUUAACUCGGAUCAAUUUCCGAAUGUGUUUACCAUCGAAAUCAAAGGUAGUGACGAAAUUCUCAACAGAGCUACCAGUUCAAAAUUUGACACAAUACAAGAGGUAGAGGGAAAAGGAGGUUAGUUAGGUUAGGUUCUAAUCUUUGUUUUUAAACCUCAUGUUAGCUAUUGCUAUAGAUGACGGCCUAAUCCGAUAUAUUGGAUAAUUAUUGACAUUCAAUAUACAUAAGAUAAUCAGUGUUAUAUUAAUUACCUUCGAAGUACUAAAAAACAAUUCUAUAUACGCGUAAAAAUUUUCUGAGUAAGUUUGGUGCGCACUUCUAAAUAUUUACUGUUUAUUUCUACGAUCUUUCGAAUCUCAAAGUAUUUAAAAAAUUUUGAACUUGUGGUGCUUUUACUUCUUUUUCUGGAUCCAUUUGUGAUUGUCCAUCUACAUUGAUAGUAACAAAAUGUUUAACGUUUAUUAUUAAAAUGUAAUCGAAAAAAUUGUUUUAUGUAAUACUAACGAUGUUUAUUUUAUAACAAAUAUGUACUUUGUACAUAAUUAAAUAUUUUAUAAAGCAUAUUAUUAAACAAGUCAAUAGAUUAAUGUGAACAUUACAGAUAAGCAAGUAUAGAGAUGGUGGAAUUUUUUUGACGAAAACUUGAUUGUAUUUUAUAAAUAUAAAUUGUAUACAGGGUUAUUCAUAAGUGGUAUAGCUUUGUGGAAAACCUCGUUCCAGAAAAUAUAUUUUUUGUACUUUCUCGUGCAAUUUAUCACUUACUGUUUCAUCCUCUUGACAUUUUGUGUUACCAAAAUGAGCUUUUUACAUGAUAAGAUACAAUUUUUUUAUUCGAAUUCGAAAUAUUUUUAGCAAUUUUUCGUUCAGUUAAAACCAUAUCGAAUAAAAUCGAGUUUUUCUCAACUUUUUUCCAAAGUUAUAUUAUGAAAAACCCUCGUACUUGUUCUUGUUAACAUGAUAUUGAAGAAUGCACGAAAAAUAAAAACAAUUCACAACUA